AUGAACUGGUUCAUAAUCAUUUCUUUAUUCUUCAUUUGGAAUAUCCAAGAAUGUCACUGCUGUGUGAAAUGGAGAAGGAGUGCAGAUUAUUGCGAGUGCUCCGAUGUUACUGAUAUCAUUCUUCCCUCAUUUGACUCAGAUAGAAAUGACAUACUAAUUAGUGAGAGAGUUGGUUGCGUUAGAAAUAUUACUUGCCAAGAUAGUUAUUUGACGUAUGGCACAACUACUUUUAGUACAUCGGAAAUCGUUCGCCCUGCUGAUAGUCAUAAAGAUAGUAAAGCAUAUCUGAACAGUGCUAAUCUUCAAACUGGCGUACUAACAGGAUCUGUUGAUGUAUAUUCUUUGUUUGGAGUUACAUGUGAGAACAGGAAAUGGUAUGCAACCAAAUACCCUUUCGGAAUACAUUAUUAUACGAAUGACUCCAAACAAAAAUUCCUUUAUGAAGGUUUGGAUGGAAAAAGAUCGGAAAUCGAAAGUAUUGUGUGCCUCCCUAUUGAGCCCCCAUGCAGGUGCUCCGAUGUUACUGAUAUUAUUCUACCAUCAUUUGACUCAGAUAGAAAUGACAUACUAAUUAGUGAGAAAGUUGGUUGCGUUAGAAAUAUUACUUGCCAAGAUAGUUAUUUGACGUAUGGCACAACUACUUUUAGUACAUCGGAAAUCGUUCGCCCUGCUGAUAGUCAUAAAGAUAGUAAAGCAUAUCUGAACAGUGCUAAUCUUCAAACUGGCGUACUAACAGGAUCUGUUGAUGUAUAUUCUUUGUUUGGAGUUACAUGUGAGAACAAGAAAUGGUAUGCAACCAAAUACCCUUUCGGAAUACAUUAUUAUACGAAUGACUCCAAACAAAAAUUCCUAUAUGAAGGUUUGGAUGGAAAAAGAUCGGAAAUCGAAAGUAUUGUGUGCCUCCCUAUUGAGCCCCCAUGCAGGUGCUCCGAUGUUACUGAUAUUAUUCUACCAUCAUUUGACUCAGAUAGAAAUGACAUACUAAUUAGUGAGAGAGUUGGUUGCGUUAGAAAUAUUACUUGCCAAGAUAGUUAUUUGACGUAUGGCACAACUACUUUUAGUACAUCGGAAAUCGUUCGCCCUGCUGAUAGUCAUAAAGAUAGUAAAGCAUAUCUGAACAGUGCUAAUCUUCAAACUGGCGUACUAACAGGAUCUGUUGAUGUAUAUUCUUUGUUUGGAGUUACAUGUGAGAACAAGAAAUGGUAUGCAACCAAAUACCCUUUCGGAAUACAUUAUUAUACAAAUGACUCCAAACAAAAAUUCCUUUAUGAAGGUUUGGAUGGAAAAAGAUCGGAAAUCGAAAGUAUUGUGUGCCUCCCUAUUGAGCCCCCAUGCAGGUGCUCCGAUGUUACUGAUAUCAUUCUUCCAUCAUUUGACUCAGAUAGAAAUGACAUACUAAUUAGUGAGAGAGUUGGUUGCGUUAGAAAUAUUACUUGCCAAGAUAGUUAUUUGACGUAUGGCACAACUACUUUUAGUACAUCGGAAAUCGUUCGCCCUGCUGAUAGUCAUAAAGAUAGUAAAGCAUAUCUGAACAGUGCUAAUCUUCAAACUGGCGUACUAACAGGAUCUGUUGAUGUAUAUUCUUUGUUUGGAGUUACAUGUGAGAACAAGAAAUGGUAUGCAACCAAAUACCCUUUCGGAAUACAUUAUUAUACGAAUGACUCCAAACAAAAAUUCCUAUAUGAAGGUUUGGAUGGAAAAAGAUCGGAAAUCGAAAGUAUUGUGUGGUAA